AUGGAGUUCAUCCAGCGUGUCGAGGAGAAACUAACCAAAUCGCAAGCAUCGAUUACGCUUUCGGCUUACAGAGAACGCCGCCGAUUGGCGAGGGUGGUUGAGAUGGAGGCCCGCAUCAAGGAGACUUACGAUUCAGUUAUAGAUAUCUUUGAUAGGUGGAUUGAUUUGAACGAAUGUCAAGGGAUUGCUAAAGAGGCAAAGGAAGGAGAGGACCUUAUGGACGUCGAGUCUUCGACCGAAGAGGAAAAAGAAAGUGAUGAGAAGCAGGAUAGUUGCGUCGAACAUAUCGAGCAUGCUUACGAUCUCCAGUAG